UCUUCAAGAUUCCCAUGUCUCAGUGGACUCCUGCCUGUAACGAGCUCUACACGAGAGUGGCUAUGAAGAGCGAGGCUCCUCCGGAGGCAGCGAAGACACCGGAGAGUCUGAAAGGGGUCCUUCUGCACCCACAGCCCAUCCGGGCCACCGCAAGUUUUCCUGCAGGAGUGGAGAUGAUUAAUAGUAAAGUGGGGAAUGAGUUUUCUCACUUGUGUGAUGAUUCUCAAAAGCAAGAGAAGGACAUGAAUGGUAACCAGGACAAACAAGAAAAAAGUGUGGUGGUGAGGAAAAAACGCAAAAGCCAGCAGGCUGGCCCUUCUUCGUAUAUGCAGACUUGUGUUAAAGAAAAUCAGGGAAUUUUAGGACUGAGGCAACCCCCAGAAACGCCGAGCGAGGACAAUGACUCCUCCUUCAGCGACUGUCUAUCUUCUCCGUCAUCCAGCCUGCACUUUGGAGACUCUGACACUGUGACUUCCGAUGAGGACAGAGAAGUCUCCGUAAGACAUUCGCAGGCCAUUCUGAGUGCUAAGAGUAGAAGCCACAGCGUGCGGUCCCCAAAGUGGCCUCGGACUGAGGCAGAAUCUGUGUCCGGAUUGCUGAUGAAAAGACCUUGCUUUCACAGUAGCUCCUUGCGAAGAUUUCCAUGCCGAAAGCGAUUUGUAAAAAAUAGUUCCUCACAGAGGACGCAGAAACAGAAAGAAAGGAUAUUAAUGCAGAGGAAAAAAAGAGAAGUGUUAGCUCGAAGAAAAUACGCCCUGCUGCCCAGUUCUAGUAGCUCGAGUGAGAACGACCUCAGCAGUGAGUCCUCCUCCAGCUCGUCCACGGAAGCAGAGGACGACUUGUUCGUCUCUGCUGGUGAGAACCGCGCCAGCAACCCGGCGGCCCCCUCAGGAAGUAUUGAUGAAGAUGUUGUGGUGAUAGAAACUUCCUUCACUCCCCAGGUCACUGCCAAUGAAGAAAUCAAUGUUACCUCAACUGACAGUGAAGUGGAGAUCGUGACAGUAGGAGAAAGCUGUCGGUCUCGUUCAACCCUUGGACACUCCCGAUCUCAUUGGAGCCAAGGUGCAAGUUCUCAUGCAGGUCGGUCACAGGAGCCGCGGACCCGCAGUAGGAUUUCUACUGUCAUACAGCCCUUGAGGCAGAACGCAGCAGAAGUUGUGGACCUUACUGUUGAUGAAGAUGAACCUACUGUAGUACCUACCACUUCUGCAAGAAUGGAACCCCAAACUACUAGCGCUUCCAUUAACAACUCAAAUCCGUCUACCUCUGAGCAAGCCUCCGACACCGCUUCUGCUGUCAGCAGCAGCCAGGCUCCCGCGGUGUCCGAGGGCGCGGCGGCUCCUGCACGCAGCGGCGCGGCGGCGGCCUCUACAGGAGAUGAUUCGAGGAGAACAGUGUCUAGUGCUGUAGCAGAAGCUGGCCCUCCUGCAAUGCCAAGGUUACCUUCCUGCUGUCCUCAGCACUCGCCAUGUGGAGGGUCAGCACAGACCCACCAUACAUUGGGACACCCACACUCAAGUUGCUUUCAGCAGCACAGUCACCAUUUUCAACACCACCACCACCACCACCACACUCCCCAUCCAGCCGUCCCAGUGUCUCCUUCCUUUAGCGAUCUGCCCUGCCCUGUGGAAAGACCUCCGCAAGUCCAAGCGCCUUGUGGAGCAAACAGUAGUGCUGGCUCCAGCUACCAUGACCAGCAGGCACUGCCCGUGGAUCUGAGCAACAGCGCUGUCAGAAGCCAUGGAAAUGGUGGUUUUCACGGAGCUUCUGCAUUUGAUCCCUGCUGCCCUGUUUCUUCUUCCCGAGCUGCCAUCUUUGGCCAUCAGGCUGCCGCCGCUGCCCCGAGCCAGCCCUUAGCACUAGAGGGUUAUGGAUCCAGCAUGGUUGCGCAGCCCCAGCCGCAGCCUCCUCCGCAGCCCUCCCUCUCAUCAUGUCGGCACUACAUGCCACCCCCGUAUGCUUCUUUGACAAGACCACUUCACCAUCAAGCCUCCACUUGCCCUCACGCCCACGGGAACCCGCCUUCUCAGGCUCCGCCUCCGCCUCAAGUGGAUUACGUCAUUCCCCAUCCUGUGCACGCCUUCCACUCUCAGAUCUCUUCUCAUGCACCGUCGCAUCCUGUGGCUCCCCCACCCCCAACGCAUUUAGGCAGUACAGCUGCCCCCAUCCCUCAGCACCUUCCUCCUCCUCACCAGCCAAUCUCACACCAUAUUCCAGCCCCGGCUCCUCCUGCCCAGAGGCUGCACCCACACGAAGUGAUGCAGAGGAUGGAGGUGCAGAGGAGGAGGAUGAUGCAGCACCCCACGCGGGCACAUGAACGCCCCCCACCUCAUCCACAUAGGAUGCACCCGAACUAUGGUCAUGGCCAUCACAUUCAUGUGCCUCAAACUAUGUCGUCACAUCCUCGACAGGCGCCAGAGAGAUCUGCCUGGGAGCUGGGAAUUGAAGCUGGAGUGACUGCUGCUACUUACACCCCUGGGGCACUGCACCCUCACUUGGCCCAUUACCACGCCCCUCCUCGACUCCAUCACUUACAGCUUGGCGCUCUUCCUUUGAUGGUUCCUGACAUGGCUGGUUACCCUCACAUCCGUUACAUUUCAUCAGGACUGGAUGGGACAUCAUUCAGAGGGCCUUUCAGGGGAAAUUUUGAGGAACUGAUUCACUUGGAGGAAAGGUUAGGAAAUGUCAAUCGUGGCGCGUCCCAGGGAACAAUUGAAAGAUGUACAUAUCCACACAAAUACAAAAAGAGGAAACUGCACUGCAAACAAGAUGGGGAAGAAGGGACUGAGGAAGACACUGAGGAAAAGUGUACCAUCUGUUUGUCUAUUUUAGAGGAAGGUGAAGAUGUGAGGCGCCUUCCAUGUAUGCACCUUUUCCACCAAGUGUGUGUGGACCAGUGGUUGAUCACCAACAAGAAGUGCCCCAUCUGCAGAGUGGACAUUGAGGCUCAGCUGCCCAGUGAGAGUUGACAGCAUGUUUCAGAACUCUUGCCCUUCCUCUCAUUCCCACCCUUCCUGGUACUGCAGUCAACCAAAGAUGGCAUGAUUUACCCAUGCAGGUUUGGAAGCAGUGAACUUCAAGUGCUGGCUCUGCUCUAUGGUACAACUGAUGCUAGACCUACCAUUCAUGUACACAGUUGAUUUUGAUGUAUUUAUAAAAGCUUUUUUUUUUCUAGAUUUGACAUUUUUCCUGUAUCAUUUUACUGUAUUUUUGCAUGGUUCCUUGUAUUGCAUUUCUUUGCACAUAUUAUGGGCUUGUGACCCUAAACUUGCAGGCAAGAUUAGCUGCUUUAGUAAGUAGAAUUUUGUGGUCUAUUUGUUUUUUUACAUAGUACCAAGCCUUGAGAAUUAUGAAUUUUUUAUCCAUUACUAACCUUUAAUUUAAUCAAUCAUGUACUUUAGUUUAAUGUAUAAAGAUCCUCUAGAAAAUGAUAAUAUUGUGUAUUAAGACAUUCCUUAAUUAAAUUAGGACAAAAUGGCUGCUGUAUAUUUACAAUAUGGAGUUCUGAUUAAAUACCAUCCUUCACUGGGAACUGAACACACCUGUACCAGUCAGAUGCCAGCGGUACUCGCAUCAGCAGAGCGCUCAGUUUGACUUUCUGAGUGUAACCCCCCCCCCCCCCCCCCCAGCUUCCAGCACAGUGCAGGACAGAGCUGAGCUCUGAUGCUAUCUGCUCGGCCGCCAUCCUGGCUGGCGUUAUCUCUGCAUCUUUGAGACCUUCACUUCCCUGGUUCUGUUUCGCUGCUCUGAAACAGCUCUGGCGAACACUGAGUAUGAAUCUGAGGGAGCUGCAUUGGACACUUGCAGAUUCAACGACAUUUUAGGGAAAUUGAAAAAGACAUGUAGAAUUUUGUUGAGUCUUCUGCUAAGCACGAAUAGUUAAGAUAUCUGCUUACGUUAAUUUUGUAAAGACAUUCAGUCAGGAUUUAGGAUUUCAGUCAUGGGCAGGUAUCUAUGCAUUCGUAGAACUUCUAAAGGUCCCAGGAUUACUUUUAGGGGAUUUUUAUUAGUUUCAAUAUAAAUAAAGUCAGAUGAAUCUACAUGUCUCUUGUUUUCUUUCUCUCUAAACUUGAAAACAAUAUGUCUGCAGAUACUGUGAGGCACAAGUUCUAUUGUCAACCUACUGUUGCUAUGUUAAAGACUCCCACUUCAUACGUUACUGAGAGUCGAUCACUGAUUUAAAAGUUUUAAUUUCUAUAGUUAAGAUUUAUGACAUAAUAUAGAGUAUAAAGUUAACUUAACAUACUAACAUUUCUCCUUUGGAGAAAGUUUUAUCCACUUCAGGAUGUGUAGUAUGGAGAUACUUUCAUAUACAGGAUAGCCUAAUUUUAUUUGUUUAAAUAUGCCUAAUAUGCCCAAGAUUGCAAAUGCAUCCAGCCAGUAAUAAUUGCUGUCUGUAUGUGGAAGACAUGUUCCCAUGGAUCAUAUGUGAAGAUGUCAAUAAGCUUGCAUUAAGCCACCUGCUUUGUAAGUGGAUUGAUUAAUAAAUAACUUAUAUUUCUAUUGUC